AUGGCAGAACCAACUCAGCCAAGGACCGAAGAGAAUCUCUUCAUUCCAGUAGAUGGAAAAGUUUCCCUCGGAGAGAAUGUCUCGCUGACAGGUCAGCAGUGGGAGUUAUUGGCCCGCCAACGAUCUCAUUCGAUGUUUGUUAAGACGUUGGCGGUCAUGAUUUGGGGAUCUGGAGUCCUUAAAGAUCGAAGCGUUCAUGGCCGCAAAAAUCCCCGAAAUAAGGAGGCGCAGGUGAAGGCACCCCUGACUCCUGUUAAGUUGCAAGCAGUGAGAGCUUGCUACAACCAUCACCUAAAGAACAAAGGUAUUGAUGGAGAGGAUCUAACAAAAGAAAUGAGAAAGCUUCAUGCCAUCAUAUCAGAGAAGAUUCAGGAUCUGAACAGGUCAUAA